AUGCCGUCCUACGAGUACAAGAGCUCCGGCACCAACAGCCAGGGCAACCAUUACUGCUCUCGCGACUACGGCAGCGGCGCCUCCAACAGCAACUCCUAUCACUACUCCAACUCCAACGGUUCAUACUACUACUCCAACCCCAGUGGAAGCACCUACUACAACGACGGCCAAGGUGGCUCCGUCUACAAGUCUUCCGGCGGUGGCAGUGGCAGUGGCAGCGGCAGCGGCGGAAGCAAGAGCUCCAAGGGCGGCAAAUAA